AUGUCUUUUGGCUUCAACGCUUCGGCCAACGCCAUGGGCGGAGGCGCGGGAGGUGUAAAUGCAGGGCCUGAUCUGGAGACCAUCCAGACAGAGGCCCUCGGUUUCCUAUCCAUCGCUGGUGAUGCCAAGGUUCGCCUCACAUCUGCUUGGGAGACACUACCGACUGCUACAUCCUCGCUGCUCAGCGUUGCCUCAAAGAGAGGUCUCGUUGCUGCCGCUGGUCCUGAUCAGCUGAUCAUCGCCACGACCGAAUCGAUUCGAAAAGCUUUCGAGAAUCCUAAAGAUGGCGAUUCCGACAUUCGCGGCUUUGAACCCCAGCUCAAGAUCCCUAUGCCCAUGCGGGUUUCGCAACUCGUCUUUACCGCCGACGAGAAUUACCUGGUGCUCUCUGCAGAAUCCGGUGGUGGCCUUGCUGUUUAUCAAGUACAAAGUCUUCUCCAGGGGUCUUCAAAUUCCGCGUUUGAGCUCUCUACCAAUGGGGAAGCCCUUAGGUCGUUGGCACCAAACCCAACAAUUCCAGAGCUUUGUGCCAUUGUCACAAACAACGGCAACCUCCACAUGGCAAAUCUCCAAGAAAGAAAAAUAAGCAAUGCACUCAAGAACCAAGUCAGCUGUAUUAGUUGGAGUUCAAAGGGCAAGCAGCUUUGUGCUGGAUUAGCGGAUGGCACCAUUCACCAAAUGACGCCUGAGGGAGAGGGAAAAGCUGACAUCCCCAACCCUCCCAAUGUGGCCAACUGCCAUGUAUCAUCACUUACAUGGCUUGAGAACAACCUCUGGCUCUCCAUCCACUCAACUAGUGACUCGCCUCCUUCUUCCAUUUAUCACAUCAUUACGCGCCAACCGCCUUCAUCAUUCACAUACCAAAAACUCACGGACCCUGUUCAGCCUUUUGGAUCAGACAAGGUCCCCCACCAUUCUAUACUACGAUUGCGAGACUUCCCCCCUGAUCUGCAGGAUCUCCUUAUCGUCUCGUCCACUGCAUCGACUGAUGUUGGCCUACUGACCCGGUCUAAAAGUGCGCUGACAACCGAUUUACCUGCCGAGUCCAUCACAAAUGUCUUCACUACUACCGAGUUGCUUGAUGACUCUAAACGACCAACACUUCCGAUGACUGACUCCGCGGACGAUUCUACACCCAUUGGAGUUGCUCUUGAUCUGUCCAGCAAGGAUAAAAUUUACAAGCCUAUCCCAUCAGACGAAGAACUCGAAGAAUCGCCUACUCCCUUGCCAGGAUUCUGGAUUCUCACCCAUGAAGGUGUGCUCUGCUCAUGGUGGAUCAUAUAUACCGACUCAAUUAAGAGAGCCGUGCCCUAUCCAGGGCUGACGGCAAUCCAGGGAGAUGCGGGAUCUGUGCCAGCACCUGCCGCGUCUUCGGCAUCACCCUUUUCCAGUAACGCAGGGCCAUCCCCCUUUUCUUCAUCAAGCGCAGCUGCUCCUGCUUUUGGGUCUUCGGCGCAGCUUGGCCAAAAGGCGUCACCUUGGGGAACGGGAGCAGCAGCAGCGGCCGCUCCAGCAUUUGGCCAGUCGGGCUUUGCUAGUUUCGCAAACAAGAGCGCUCAAAGCCCUUCUUCUGGAGGAUUCGCUUCGUUUUCUUCUCAGGGUGGCUUUGCUUCCCUUGCCGGCAACAAUAGCAGCAAUACUGGGGGUAGUGUCUUUGGUAGUGGCGGCACUCUGGCUGGAGCUGGGAGUGCUUUUGGAUCCACCUCAACAGACACAGCCUUUCCGUCAAAGCCCGCUGGCAGUGUCUUUGGCAGCCAAGAGAAGCCGUCUGGAGGCAAUGACAAAGCACCGGCAGCUUCUGGGUCGUCAAUGUUUGGAUCUACUUUUGGAUCUGCUCUCAACGACGCUGCAACUAAGGCUCCUGACUCUGCAGUAUCUGCCAAGGAUGAAGAUAUGGAUACCGCAUCACAAGGAACGUCAAGCUUUGGUGCCCCUUCUUCAACAACCCCUGCUGCCUCAACCACUAGCACGACUUCACUUUUUGGCGGCAAGACAGCCACUCCUCAAAGUGGCUCUGGUUUAUUUGGGUCUGGGUCAACAUUUGGAAGCGCUUCGAAACCACCCGUUACAUCCUCUGGACUUUUUGGCUCCGCUACUAAACCAGCCGAAGACGAGUCCAAGACGCCCACACCCAAGGUUGCCAAUCCCUUUGCCACACCUCUUCCUCCCGAUACAACCAGCAAGUCGUCAUAUCUCAUUGGCGAGUCAUCUGACUCGUCUGUAACGUCUACCACAUCUAGCUCAUUCGGUAGUACCGCUACCUCUAAACCGAGCAAUCCUUUUGCUACAGGCCUGAGUGGGACCGAUAAGAAUGCGGCUGCCAAGGAUACAGGCGCAUCAAAAUCAUCUAGCUUUAUCAAAGUUUCGAAGCCUUCUGAUGAGCCGCCAACGGUCGUUGAGGAUGCUCCUCUACCUCCCGAUCCAGUCAAGUCAAACUUCUUUUCCAAACCCAGCAAUGCCGCUCCACCAGCCGCAUUCGGGCUUCCUACUUCUGCGCCCAAGACUCGACCGAGCGUAACUUCUGCUCCGGCGCUCCCCUCUGAUGGAGAGGCAGAGAGUGAUUUGGACGAGGAAGCUUCCGAGGGCAGCGGUGUGGAUGUGGCUAGAGAUCUUAGUCCCACAGCCAUGGGAUUGGGUACGCCAAAGGGCCCUUUCAACGGCUUUGCAGAACCCCCCAGAGCUGAUCGGGGUCGCUCACAACAGCUUUUUGGAGAGGUCGGCCGAAGCACACCCACGAUCGCCCAGCCAGACGCGAUUCCUCGAUCGCCCAGCCCCGUGCGAGGUGGAGCGCCAAAUCGUGCUCUCAUACCGGAUAUCACUAGAUCCGCCAGUGCACCAGGCGUAGCUCCUCAGUUCUCGGCUCCCAAAAAGUCGCAGCUCGUUGCAUCAGCUACUGCUGGUAAAGACAAAACAGCUGCUGAUGACGCAUUCAUAGCUCAGUCUAGAAAACUGAGAGAACGACAGCAAGCCGAAGAAAGCCGGGUGUUGAUCGAUGAAGAGGAUGAGGAGGUGCAAAGGGUCCUCGCCUCUGAAAUUGAGGGCACUCUGGAGCUGGAUGAAUUUAUUGCUCACUCCAACGUUGCACCGCCGGCCCAAGAGAGCAUUCCUGCUCAAGUUGAAGCUGUUUAUAGGGACAUCAACUCAAUGAUUGACACUCUUGGACUCAACGCUCGCUCCGUGAUGGCCUUCAUAAAGGGUCAUACGGACGGCGGUGUUCCUGACGGCCGGAGCCCUGACGAUCUCGAUCAUCCAGACGAUUGGGUUCUAUGCGAGAUUGGCGACUUGGGAGAGAUUCUCGAAGUUGAACUUUCUGGUGACUUGGAGGAUGGUCGAGUGCAGGAUCUAACCGAGCAGCUCGAGGCCUGCCAGGAGCUGGCCAAGGACAUGCAUCGGCUACGAGCCAAGCAGGAGGAUCUGAAAAGGGUCAUCAUGGCAAGAGUGGAUCCCAACCAGGCAGAGGCUGCGCGGUCUCUCCCUCUUAGUGCUGAACAGCAAACGCAGCAGAACGAGCUGAGGAGGGAAUAUACAAACUUCUCAAAGCUGCUUGCCGAAGCGGAAGAAGCACUGACUCUUCUCAAGACUCGCAUUGCAUCGCUUUCCAGUGCGUCCGGAAGGGGAACCACAAACGUUCCUACCGUGGAGGCCGUGAUGAAGACCAUCACGAAAAUGACCAGCAUGGUGGAGAAGCGUAGUGGAGACAUUGAUGUGUUGGAAACGCAGCUGCGGAGGAUGCGGCUGGAGACCCCCAGCAGAGAGGAAUCUCCUUCUUUCCGGACACCACAGUCAAGGAGGAGCAUCUUGCUCUCUCCGGACGCGACACCGGCCCGUAGCAUGCGCCAGAGCUUAUCCAGCAGCGUCAUGUCUCUUGGAACUCCGGUGAAGACGUCGACGCCACGAAAGAAGGCCAGCGGCUAUAGCAGGGAUGAAAAGGGAGAUUUAAUGGACAAGAAGGCCAAGCGACAGGCAAUUCUUGGAAGAUUGAAGGACAACGUACAGAAGAAGGGCGUUAGCGUGUGGAACAUGGAAGAUAUUGAGUAA